AUGGAAGAAGACGGCCUUCAAAACAACCCGAGGGCUUUUGACAUAGGAAAGAAGGGAUUCCUGAGCUACGAGGAGUACAGAGGAUACUGCCUCAGCAUCCUCAAACAGCCGCUGGCAAGGAAAAAGACGGGAAAUAGGAUACAAUACGACGAUAUAGAGUUUGGGUCAUGCGGCGUGGAGAUUGACGGCGUAUUUGACUUCCUUUCUGCUGGGGAAGACCAUAUCUCGCUUGCCACACUGGAAAAAGCAGUGUCCAGGCUCGAAAUGAAUAUCUCUGGAGAGGACAUGGCAGCAAUGAUAAAUAUGUUCGACUCUAAUGGACUGAUAUCCAGAGAGCUGUUUUCAAAGUCGUUUGGGUGA